AUCGAGGAGUGGGGGCCGUUUGAUCUGGUGAUCGGAGGAAGUCCCUGCAACGACCUCUCCAUCGUCAACCCCGCACGGAAAGGCCUGUUUGAGGGAACCGGCCGGCUGUUUUUCGAGUUUUACCGCCUGCUGCACGAGGCUCGGCCCAAACCGGGCGACGAGCGGCCGUUCUAUUGGCUGUUUGAGAACGUGGUCGCCAUGGGCGUCAGCGACAAACGGGACAUCUCGCGAUUUUUAGAGGUACGGCCACACGAACGCAGUGAAACAACAGUUAUGAAACAUGAAGGACGA